GCUCAAGCUUUAUUACCGUGAAGGGUGAACACACCCUAAAGUCGACCACAAUUUGGGGAUAAAUUAGUCCUACACUUUCUCAGCAAAGUGGUCCAAGGAGUCAUAUAGAAAGCAGAAGAACGGCAGAGGAGGAAAGGAAAGGAGGCAAAACAACUGGCGCGUACCAAGUUUAAAAAUCGAUAUGUAUGAAAGCCAAGACUGAGAAACUGUGGGGAAAAGGAAAAAACGCUGGGAAAGAAUUGAGGGGAGGAGAGAUAGAGGGUGUAUGAGCAGAGAGCACAGCAGAACAGGGACAUAAAGAACAAAAGCCCUAGCCGAGUCUGGCGGCGACAAGGAGGGAGCAUGGGGUGUUUUGAAUAAUUAUUAAAAUUAGCAUGUGUCUGCGCCAUCCUGUGGGUGUGGUGCAUAGAGGAGUGUAAACUCUAGCAGGGCUGGAGCAAACAUUGGAUUAUAGGCAGCGAGCCUGCCAGGCAGAGGAGUAAAGGAGCCAGGCGCGGGAGGCACACGGGAAGCAGGAUGGCUUCGUCUCAAGGGAAGAACGAGCUGAAAUUCGCCGACUGGAUGGCAACUUUGCCGGAAAGCAUCCACAGCAUCCCCCUCACCAAUUUAGCGAUCCCAGGAUCUCAUGAUUCCUUCAGUUUCUACAUUGAUGAAGCCUCUCCAGUAGGACCUGAACAACCAGAAACUGUUCAGAAUUUUGUCUCUGUUUUUGGAACGGUGGCCAAAAAGCUGAUGAGGAAAUGGUUAGCAACUCAGACGAUGAAUUUUACUGGUCAGCUGGGGGCCGGGAUACGGUACUUUGACCUCCGGAUUUCCACCAAGCCCAGGGACCCUGACAAUGAACUUUACUUUGCUCAUGGUCUGUUCAGUGCCAAAGUGAAUGAAGGCCUAGAAGAGAUUAAUGCCUUCCUCACAGAUCACCACAGGGAGGUGGUCUUCUUGGACUUCAACCACUUCUAUGGAAUGCAGAAAUAUCAUCAUGAAAAACUCGUCCAGAUGCUGAAAGACAUCUUUGGGAAUAAAAUGUGCCCAGCAAUUUUUGCCCAUGAAGUGAGUCUGAAGUACCUGUGGGAGAAAGAUUACCAAGUCUUGGUCUUCUAUCACAGCCCCGUGGCUCUGGAAGUGCCCUUUCUCUGGCCUGGGCAGAUGAUGCCAGCUCCCUGGGCCAACACAACAGACCCUGAAAAACUGAUCCAGUUUCUCCAGGCGUCCAUUACUGAGAGAAGGAAGAAGGGCUCUUUUUUUAUAUCUCAGGUGGUGCUGACCCCCAAAGCUAGUACUGUGGUCAAGGGGGUGGCCAGUGGUCUCAGAGAAACUAUCACAGAAAGAGCUCUCCCCGCCAUGAUGCAGUGGGUCCGGACUCAGAAACCUGGAGAAAGCGGCAUCAACAUUGUCACUGCUGAUUUUGUAGAACUUGGGGAUUUUAUCAGCACGGUCAUCAAACUCAACUAUGUCCUUGAGGAAGGAGAAGCAGACACAACUUGAUAGUACUGUUUGAAAUGGCCAGGAGUAAAAUAGAGAAGACCAAUUGUAUUAGGCAUAUUAUCUUAGAACAUAUUGAUCUUCUAUGCCACUGAAUCUUGGAAGUGUUUAGGGCUUAGGGUGGGUGGGAAAAGGGGGGAAAACAUUUUUUUUUCAGUGAUUCUCAUCAUGAUCUGCACCUCUAUAAAUAUUUCAUGUUCCCAUUUGAGAAACCAAGUCUAUUCUUGUAUCUAGUGUUAGGGAUAGAAAAGACCUGUUCGAUGUUUUAUCACAAUUAAUUGCUGUGGCUUCUAUUUAUGAGUGUCUGUUUAAUUGCGUUUUCUACUUUCAAGAUUAAGAUACAUGCUCCACCCACCAUGCCUCUCCCAUUUAUCAAAGUCAGCAUAAGGCAUGCAACAAUUGUAGACCUGACAUGAGAUUGAUUCAGGUAGAUGUAACUUAUUGGCUUUUGGAGACUUAAUAAAAUAUGAAAAGCCUGCCCAAUUUUGUAGUUAGAUGGCUGGUCAGUCCCAGUCCCCGCCCCCAACUCCAGUUUUGACCCAAUAGAAAAUAUAGACUAAAAAUAUUUCUAGCAUUAGUAAACCCAGAUAGCAUAAUCAUUCAUGUGUGUGUGUGUAUGUGUGAAAGGAACAGGAUCUGCAGUAUUUCUAUUUAAGGCAGCUAUAAAUAUAGAGUCAGAACUUCUUCUGAUAAAAACCUGAGUGCCAAUUCUACAGCAAAAAAUAAUAAAAAUAAAGGGAGAAGGAGAUGCUGGUUAAGGUGUAAGUAAUCCCUUUAAAAAAAGAAUGCCGGUCUUGCCAUUGCCUGGAAAUGAUAGGUCACCACAAGUGACUGGGAAUCGGGACACCCUUCCUUACCAGAACUCUUUAAAGACCCCACCUUCUAGAUAUUUCUCUGUUAAGUCAAUGAAUAUCUGAUAAAAAACAUGUAUAUAUCAGUGAAAUAAAAACCCAACUUGGCUGAUUAAUCUCAACAACUGCAAUGAGACAUGAAUGAAGGAAGAUAAACUUUUCUGUUGCCAGUAGACUUGUUCUAGAAGAUAGGGCCUAAGUUUUUAGAACAAUUAAGCACCAAUCCUAAGUAGAUGUAUAUUUUCUAAUGUGGACCAGUGAAUUAAGUCUUAGUCUUUCAAAUUGGAGGUCUAAUAGAGACAGAAGGAUGGCAUAUGGUCUAGAGAAGUGGUUCUCAAACUGUGUUCCCUGGCACACAUGAGGCAGGGCACAUAAGUCAUCCCUGGGGGUUCAUU